AUGGGUCCUUUCGACGACCUUGAUGAUGAACAAAGGUAUGUUACACAAACUUAUCAUUCUACCCGUCUCAUCCCCCACAGGAUCAGCAUCGCCAAUGAACACCCCAACGAUCUCGAGUCUGGGCCUUCUUCUCCCUCCUCCCCACCCAGCUACCUCCGUCCUCGCCGUCAGAGCAAAUCAAACUCCCGCCACCGCUCACAACACACCACCACAGACGGAGGCUCAAGUAGCCACCUCCUCGCCCGCCUCAUCGCCCGCGACGACGAGGUCCGCGAAAUCAACGCCCUCCUCGUCGUCACCUCAGAACGCCUCGAGACCGAGUCAAACCGCGCUAACAGCUCAGAGCGCCGUGCCCUCGAAUACUUCAACCGAUUGCGCCAGGCAACCGAAAAUCGCGAACGCGCAGAACAGGAUUCAGCUCGUCUGCGUGAGGAGCUGAAGUUGUACAAACUACAGCUCGACAAUGCACAAAAAGAGAUCUUUCGAGCUCAAGAUAUCAUUAAUCAGGUUUCGGCACAGAAGUGUGAAGCCGAGGCGGAGGCUGCGAGAGCAAGGACCAAGGCGAGGAAGUUGCAGGAAGAGAAGAUGAUGAUGAUUGCCCACGAGGAUGGCAGGCGGCGUGGUUACAAGCAGGGCCUAUCGAUCGGACGUCGGCUCGGUUUCGACGAAGGAAGCACGAUAAGAUACGAGGAUGAUCCGGCCCGACAAGUGCGUCGGCCUACCGUCCCACAAGAUGGCGGAGACGAAGAGGAAGAAGAAGAGUCAAUCCACUCUGAACGUAAUGAUUUGCCGAGGGCGCCCCCACGCUCUUCAAGACACGUGCGCCCGGAGUCUGUUCCCCCUGUUGGGACAUACAAUACUUCGGUUGCUGUCAUACCAGUUCCACCACCGCCAGUGAACCCAGUCCGGUCCCAUUCUCCUCCAGAAAGAAUCAGUACACCCUCAUCGCCAUCGAGUCCUUCAGCGGAGAACGUUUACCCCGUACAAGUGCGCACAGCAUCCAGUCACUCAGCCGAUGUUGGCCGAGAUGGUUGGAUACCACGAGCUGACCCACAGACAUCCUAUAUCCCAAUCCCACCACCACACGGGCUCUCUGAGCCCGUCGCCCGAAGCUCUAGCACGCACUCACACGACCAACAGCACGGUGGUUUGUAUGAUGCCGGAGACCCAGGUUACGCUCUUGUGAGAACCCGCGAUUAUGCAUAUGCCCAACCAGCCCCGAUUCCGGUCCCAGGACCACGUACUCCAUCCCUUUUGUCGCGAUCAACAUCCACGCACAUGUCCCAAUAUGAGCUCGUAAGCGCACCUGCCGAACGCCACGGAAGCUCGAUUCGUCACGACGUAUCUUCCGCACACUCAAGGAGUGAACGACAUACGUCAUCACACGGUGGAUAUGCACCCGACAAAAGCCGGAAGGAGGAUUUGAUAGAACAAUGGCGUGCAGACCCGGAAGUUGUUGCUACAGCAACUCCUGGGACGGCCCAACCCAUGCCAUCUCCUGGAUCUCAUCGGGAGUCAUCCAUCAUGCCUGCCCCAUAUACUGAUUCCCGUCCCUCAAGCCAAGUAGAAUCCCACCAAUCGCAAGUUCCCUCCCAGAAACGAAGCCCACCACGCUCAAGAAACCCACUCGACUACUUCAACCUGAGACAGCGAUUCCACUCACGAACGCAGUCUGCCGCCAGCGUUCCAAAUAUAACUGUCGAACCACCCUCCGAUGAGGCUUCGACGCCGUCCGAGCACACGCAUCUGUCACGUCUGGAGCUUCUGAGUCCGGACGCUGCUGCUCAUCGGCCGCUUCCUCCGGCUCAGAGUUAUGAAGAACGGGAUCGGUCGAGGGUGCCUGAAGGUCGAUCUGGAGAUGCGCAUGGUGUUUAUCGCUCGAGUACGGCUGCGCAGGCGCAGCCUUCAUGGCCAGAAGCACCAGGACGUGAACGAGAACGUGAUCGGGACAGGGACUCCCAAUCUCAAUCGCAAUAUUCUCGCUCAAGAAGCCGAGGACCGGAAGAUCGUGAUCGUGAACAUGGACUUUACCAGAUGUCUCCUAUUCCCGAGGGUAUCACGUACCCUGACACACCGCUGCGUGCGCCGUCGUCCCAUAGCCAACGCCAAAACCAUAGUUAUAGCCAUGGCCAGCGUCGCAAACCAGAAUCUGAAGCAUCGAGCUCGCCGGCAUUGCAGAGACCGAUAUCACUUUUCUCUGACCAGGAUGGGUGA